AUGGCCAAACCAACCCGAGAAGGCCUGGCCUGGGAGGACCGUCUCUUCGAACAAACCCCAGUAUGGAAAACCAAGCCUGAUGUCCAUGCGAUCGAGACUGUCUGCCGCCGACACUUCAAACUCCAGCCUGAGGAACCCUGUAUCAUCAAGUUCUCCUCUGCCGGAACAUGUCACAGAAGUUAUCACAUCUCCGGGCCGUCUCUUCCAGGCCGCUUCCUCAUGCGAAUCCGUCUUCCUGUUGAUCCCUCUCUCAAAACUAUGGGAGAAGUGGCUACCCUGGAGUGGGUUCGUCAUUUCACGAAGAUUCCCGUCCCCGACAUCAUCGCCUUUGACGCAUCCUCGGACAAUGAGAUUGGCUUCGAGUGGUUAAUGAUGCCUGUUGUUGAUGGAAGUACCGCAUAUUCCAUGUGGCGCAAAAUGCCCAUGGCAGCCAAAGAAAGACUCAGCAAACAAGUUGCCAACUUCCAAGCUCAACUCUUCAUUGCGAGCAACACCAAGCCCCCCUUGCGAGGGAUUGGGACCCUGACUUGUCCUCCAGGGGGGUUCACUGGCUUAGAAUCAGUGACGAUAGGGCAGCUCGUGGAUAGAUUUUGGUCCAUGGGCAGCAACUAUGACUACAACGUACCCCGAGGACCCUUUGCUUCCAGUCGCGAAUAUGCGGAUUCGUACAUCCGCAUCAUCAUUGAAGGCAUCAAGUCUGAAUUUCUCUCAUGUCAAGAUGAAGAUGACAUCGCAGAGCUUGAGGCAGAGUUCAAGAUUGCUGAGAGACUCUUGGGUCUCUUGCCAACUCUUUUCCCUGUUGCCGAGCUACCCGAGCCGACUGUUGUCUGCCACGAGUAUCUUAUUUUGAAAAAUAUCUCGGUUGAUGAUAAGGGCGCGAUUGUUGCGAUUUCAGACUGGGAGUACGUCUCGGCAAUCCCAUACUGGCGUGCAACAGAGAUGCCCGACUUCCUGGAGGGGCCAGAGCGAGAGAUAAUGCCAAUUCGAGACGGGUAUUCCCCCGAGGAUCCAGAGGUGGAGAAUGAAGGCUGUAUGGGUGACGAUAAUGAGCCUCUCGAUAACGAAGGAGUGAACAGCCUCUACUGGAUUCACCAGAUGGAGUAUGAGAAGACACAGCUGAGAAAGAUCUACAACGAGCGCAUGCGAGAGCUGCAGCCUACGUGGGACACAGAAGUGGCUGCUGGCACCUUGAAAAAUGACUUCAUGGCAGCUGUCGGCCAAUGUUUCGCUAGCUACAUGCUAGAUCAGGUUGGGGAAUGGAUCGAUGCGAUUGAGAAGGGGGAUAACGUCAGGCUUAGGGACUUUUUAGAACCCAAGGACGUGCUCUAG